AUGAGCAGCACUCGAUUGCGUGAGCAAUACGAUGCACUAUUAGCUGAUGACUCAAUUACGUCCGACUACGAACGUUGGCGAGAACUAAAGCGGCUUGUGAUUGUGAACGGUCUACCUCGUGAUGAAAUCAUAUCAUCUGAUGACACUAAUUCUAGUCUCUGUUCUCUACGAGGAAGAGUAUGGAAGGCUUUUUUAGGAGUGGAAAAGGACGUCGAUAUGACAAAAUAUGCGGCACUUGUGGAUCGUGGUGCGUCGCAUUAUGAUGGCGACAUUCGUAACGAUACGUUUCGUACGUUUCGAGGUGAUCCAGAAUUUGCUCAACGUGUGCCAGAAGAGAAAUUAGUGCGACUCUUGAAUGUUUUUAUCAAUGAAUUGGGUUCAACACCUGGUGAUGAAAAACAAGAUCAUGGCAAGAAUGGAUGCGGUGGAAAUGUGCCAUUAAUCAGAUACGUUCAAGGAAUGAAUGUGCUGUGUGCACCAUUACUAUUUGUAUUACCGGAACCAGAUGCAUAUCAUACCUUUUGUCAACUGAUUGUGCGACAUUGUCCGCAUUAUAUGGCACCACAACUUAAGGGUGUUGAAAAAGGCUGUGCCCUUGUGGACAAAUGUUUACAAACGUUGGAUCCAGAUCUCUAUCACCACCUGUCUCAACGAGGUAUUACAGCGCAAAUAUACGCCCUACCAUUGAUUUUGAGUUUAUUUGCGUGUGUACCACCAUUGCAUGAACUUCUUCGAGUUUGGGAUGUGCUCUUUGCAGUUGGUGUUCAUUUUGUGGUGAUUUUAGCUGUUGCACAUACGGUAUUACUUCGCAAACAUUUGCUACAAUUAGAUAUGGACUUAAUGAAGGUGUUGAGUCUUCGUUGUGUGCCACCUCUUCAAUCAGACCUCCUUAUUUCAGUGGCUUUACAAUUGCUUCACCGUUUACCUGAAGAUCUCUUGUAUGAGAUUGCACGACAUCCAUUUGAAAAUCCAGAUGCACCAACGAGUUUGCCGUUUCAUCCCAUGACGAUUUCUGCAAUUGCGACACAGAUUCAUAAACAACAAGAAGAGCAAAACUAA